AUGAGGACUCUUAAGCUUCAGCUCGACUACGUUCAGGCGAGGAACAUGCCUCAGUCAGAUAUCCGAAAAUCUAGAGCUGUUUGGGACGUUGCGUUCGACUCUGACCACCGUCCAGUUCUUAUCAGCUUCAAAAUACGGUUCCACAAGAGAAACCGAGAAGUCCCUCUUCAACCGAAAAUCGACAUGGCAGGUCUGAAAGACGAUGAAUGCAGAACAAAAUUCCGCCAACGUGUGUCUAUUUAUGUUGGAGUACGGACCAGAAAGAAGCUUAGCGAUGCGGAUUCCUUCGCAAAUGCAUCUAGGAUGCUGCAAGGGAAACGCUCUCGGCUCUAUUGCCGCGGAAGUUUGCCUUUGUAUCUGCGGAAACAAAAUCCACGAACAAUUCUGUAUGUGUCGCGCGCAGCGCUGGUGACUUCAACCAGGAAAAGAGUCUUAGAAGGAAGCUGCGUCGUCAACUGCAACAAGACCGCGAUAACGAGUGGACGUCAAGAGCGAUGGAGUUUGAGAAGGCGUGAAAGGACAGGAACCUGCGGAAAGCCUAUGCUCUACUAA